ACACAAGCUAAAGCAGCACCACUACACCUAGCCAAGAAAGGAGUAGCGAAACAAACCAUGGUUAGUCCCAAGAGACUUGCUCAGAUGGCAAAGAAGUGGCAGAGGAUUGCGGCCAUGGGGAGGAAGAGGCUCACCCGGACAGCGGUAGCAGCGAAAGGAGCAGCCUACGAUGAGCGCUGCACAGCAUCAUCGGUGGCGAUGAAGGGCCACUUUGUGGUGUACACUGCCAAUGGGGCACGGUUUGAGGUGCCGCUGGCGUACCUAGGCACGGUGGUCUUCGGCGAGUUCCUGAGGAUGUCUCAGGAGGAGUUUGGCUUUGUGGGCAGCAAAGAUGGGAGGAUCACACUGCCCUGUGAUUCCGCGGUCAUGGAGUACGCCAUCUCCUUGCUCCGGAAAGAUGCCUCCACUGAGGUCGUGAAGGCGUUCAUGAGCUCCAUUGUGAGGCCAUGCAGCUCUGAUGGCUGUGUGGUGGCACCAUAUGUAGAUCUUAACCAGCAAGUGGUUGUUUGUUAGCUUCUGAAGAACUGCCGCUGUAUUGCUAGCUUUAGCCCUGUUUUGUUUGUAGCAUGAUGUGAAUAUACAGUUGCAAGUGGUAGAAAUGGACACAGAAACAAAGAUUAUCUUGCAGUUUGCAACAUGGUGAUAUUUUUAACAAUAGAAAAGCACUAGCAUGUAGACAAGGAAUUAAGGAUACAUACCUUGUUGCACGAGGUACGAAAUGUUUUGGAACUACAGACCAUA